AUGAAUACUAUUGAAUCUUUAUUUGACGAGCAUAUUGAUCUAGAAGUUGAUUAUGCAAAAUUUGCUGAUAGUUGGUCAAUCGAUACAGGUAAAUCUUGGUCAUUAGACGAUGAAUGUGAUGAUGAUGAAGAAGAUUUACAAAACGUUUUUAUACCACAAGUCAGCCUUAAACGUUGUGUUGCUACAGCAAGUGAAACAUUAAUGUCUUCACAAGCCGAUAAACAACGAGAAGCCAUAGAACCUGCUCGACAAGCAGCUACAAUUGCUUCAGUUGCAUGCAUAGUUGGUGAAAAAGUCGAUGAUAACGAAGAAGAUCCUUUAGAUAAAUAUAUGGAAAGUAUUGCAAAAGAAGUUAAAGAUUUUCAUGAAAAUAACACAAAAACAUUUACUACAAUUAAACGAGAACAAAUAUCAAAUAAUAGCAAAGGAUCAAUUAUUAAAAUUAUUACAAAAACAAUUAAAAAUAAAUCAGUUGAACCAAGUGGCACAGUACCAACAAUCAAUGAUCAUCAUGAUGAUUCAUCAAUAGUUAAAACUGAACCUAUGGAUACUAAUGAUCAAUCAUUCUCAGCUCCAUCACUUGUUACAGUUCAUAGUGAUGUAGCUAAAUCUGCUAAAGAAAAAGGCCUUAUUAUGGAACAAGACAUAGAUGGUUUAGAAUAUUCAUCAGAAGAAGAAAGUAUUAAACUAAAUGAAGAUCUCAAUGGUAUAUCUGCUAUGAAUAGUAAAAAAUCGAAAUUGGAUAUGAUUAUAACAAAUCAUGAUAAAAUAUAUUAUCGACCAUUUCGUAAAGAUUUUUAUACAGCUAUAUCCGAAAUAGCUAAUAUGACAGAAGCCGAAGUUGCUGCUUAUCGAAAAGAACUCGAUGGUAUUGAAAUAGUUGGUAAACGAUGUCCAAGACCAAUAAAAACUUGGUCACAAUGUAUAACAUCUGAUAAAAUUUUACAAUUUUUAAAAAAACUUAAUUAUGAAAAGCCAACACCUAUUCAAACUCAAGCAUUACCAAUUAUUCUUUCUGGUAGAAAUAUGAUUGGUAUUGCUAAAACAGGCAGUGGAAAAACAUUAGCAUUUCUUUUACCAAUGUUUCGUCAUAUAAUAGAUCAACCACCAUUAAAUAAUGGUGAUGGUCCAAUAGCUAUUAUUAUGACACCAACUCGUGAAUUAACAUUACAAACAACAAGAGAAUGUAAAAAAUAUGCUAAAUUAUUUAAUAUUCAUUGUAUUGCUGUUUAUGGUGGUACAAGCAUAUCAGAACAAAUUGCACAACUUAAACGUGGUGCAGAAAUUAUUGUAUGUACACCUGGACGUUUAGUUGAUAUGUUAACUGCUAAUAAUGGUAUGUAGAAAAAUUUAUUCAUUGA